UUUUAUUUUUAUUGAGCUUUUUUUUCAUAUACUUUAAUUUUUUUUUUGUUUUGUUUGCGACAAUAAUAUCAAGUUUACGGAGUCGAUCUUGCAAAGGCUUGGUGCAAAUAGUAUUUUUCAGUUGUGUAUGAGAUUCAGUGGCAUUUGUGACUUUAGCUCUCCUAGUAAGGACGUCUUUCACUUUCUAUAGAAACGCUGCGUCAAUCUGGACAGUGCUUCUACCACCUGAGGUUGGUCGCCUGGACCCCCACCCUCUCACCUGCAUUUUGGCCUCCAGCCACCACUGGGAAAUAAACACGGCAACUCCAAACUAACAUGGCAGUCAGACUGUGUGAUGUGGCUUCUCUGCUUAGAAGUGGUUCGUGGGCAGCAGAGCCUUGGACUGGGCAGGUGAUUGCUGCCAUGGAAACACAGCUGUCCAAUGGACCCAGCUGCAACACGACUAAUGGUCCCACUACUAUUAACAACUGUUCAUCACCAGUGGAAUCGGGAAGCAUAGAGGACAGUAAAACUAACUUGAUAGUCAACUACCUGCCUCAAAACAUGACACAGGAGGAACUGAAGAGUUUGUUUGGGAGCAUUGGUGAAAUUGAGUCGUGUAAACUAGUACGAGACAAAAUAACAGGGCAGAGCCUAGGGUAUGGAUUUGUGAACUAUGUGGACCCAAAAGAUGCUGAAAAAGCCAUCAAUACAUUAAAUGGCCUGAGACUUCAGACCAAAACCAUAAAGGUUUCAUUUGCCCGUCCAAGCUCGGCUUCCAUUAGAGAUGCAAAUCUGUAUGUGAGUGGACUUCCAAAAACCAUGACUCAGAAAGAACUGGAACAGCUCUUUUCUCAGCAUGGACGCAUCAUUACCUCUCGUAUUCUGGUGGACCAAGUUACUGGGGUGUCCAGAGGUGUUGGUUUCAUCCGAUUUGAUCGAAGAAUUGAAGCAGAAGAAGCCAUUAAAGGCCUUAAUGGUCAGAAGCCUCCAGGUGCCACAGAACCAAUCACUGUGAAGUUUGCAAAUAACCCAAGCCAGAAAACCAGCCAGGCACUGCUGUCACAAUUGUACCAGUCUCCAAACAGAAGGUACCCAGGACCCCUUGCUCAACAAGCUCAGAGGUUCAGGUUGGACAAUCUUCUUAAUAUGGCUUAUGGUGUAAAGAGCAGGUUUUCCCCUAUGACCAUUGAUGGAGUAACAAGUUUGGCCGGAAUAAACAUACCAGGUCAUGCUGGAACUGGUUGGUGCAUCUUUGUGUACAACCUGGCCCCCGACGCGGAUGAGAGCAUCUUAUGGCAAAUGUUUGGACCAUUUGGUGCUGUAACCAAUGUCAAAGUCAUCCGUGACUUCAACACAAACAAGUGCAAAGGUUUUGGAUUCGUCACCAUGACAAACUAUGAUGAGGCAGCGAUGGCAAUAGCCAGUCUGAAUGGAUAUCGUCUAGGGGACAGAGUAUUGCAAGUUUCAUUUAAAACCAACAAAACGCACAAAGCCUAAUGUCUCCUCGGUUUGUUUAUACAAAAAUGGCAAGUUUAAGGUAAACUUUAUACAUAGGUAAAAGUCUUUAAGUCAGUGUUAUGAAGGGAAACCAACAUGAAUAUUUAGCGUCCUACAAAUCUGAUUUUUUUUUUUUUUUUAUUGCUAGUCUUUUGACUUGAAAAUUCUUAAAUCUUUUAUGUUUAAAUAUAGGAAAAAGCAGAUUUUUUUUUUUUACCUGUCAUGUUGCAUUGUUACCUUCUUUGAAGGUGGGCCUUUUUAAUGUUUCAGCUAAGGUAUACCUUUUUUCUGUUACAUAACUGCUUUGAAAAAGUAAGGCUUUGUGUUGUGAUUUGUUUUCUCAGUAAGUUGCUUGAUUUGUCUUUUGGUAGAUCUGCCUUUUAGUGGUUUAUUGAAAGAUUUGAGUUUGAGCUCAUUUUUGUUUGCAUUUAUUUUUAUUUAGUGAAAUUGUAUUUUGGUUGGGUUAUGGGUGUGCUGUUGCUUAUUGUAAGAUUACUGGAAAACAUUUUUCGUAAAGCAGUACCUUGCCAAAGAGCUAAACCUCUUUGAUGUGGGUUUAAAAAAAAAAGCAUCUAUUUUUAUAUUGAAGAAAAAAAUUUGGAGAAACUUUUUACUGGACCUGGAACAAAUAUUUUGACUUGGAUACUUUGAGAAAUAUCUUCAUAUGACACCUAGUGAGCUUUUGAACCUUACCAGGAAAUUUACAAUGACUGGAAUUUCUGGAAAGAUUUAUGAUGUAAAAGAAACCUUUAAGAUCUUUGUAGAAUUAAUGGCACUGUUGGUUUCAUUUGUAUAAUCGUCAAUGGAAUUCUAAUUAUCCUUGUUAUGUGACAAGAAGCUCACGUUUUACUUAUGAUUUUUGAAAAAGAAAAGAAUAUAUAAAUGAUACCAAGGUUAAUACAGCAAAUGAGCAUGCAGAUUAUAAUGUGUUUAAAAAAAAAAAAGGUUAAGGGGGGGUGGGGGGAAUAAAUCAGUUCUUCCUAAAGAAUUCCCUUCUGAUAGAGCUUGCAGUGUUUAGUGAUGUACUUGCUAUAUUGUAAGUUAACCUGUUUUGUCUUGGUAUUAAAUACAUUUAAGGGUUUAUAGCUUCUUUGUGUAAACACUGGCAAAGUAGGAGAAAGGAAAUUGGUAUGUUGGUAAAAUGAAGUGUUGAAGGAUUAGACCUGAGCUAAGAGCUGUGUAAAUACAAGUUUUUUUUUUUUUUUUUUUCUUUUUAAAGAAUUUUCAACAGUUUUGUGUUUUGGAUUGACAUGCCAAGUGCUAAGAUUUUUUAUUUUUUUGAAUUUUGUAGGUUUCAUUAACAUUGGUAGUUAGUGUACUUGAUUUGUUGUCUUAAGGGCCAGAUUA